AUGGACCAAUCUGGUUGCAUCGCUCCGAAACAUCAUGGCCGAGUCAAACUCAGGGCAAACCAGAAGGCAAUGAAUACCUCGCGGAAGAAAAGAAAGAGACUAUUAUACAACUCACAGUACCUCAAGAUAAUCAACUGUGCCUGGUGGGGUGGGUUUUGGGAGAGACUAGUGAGGUCAGUCAAGGUUUCGCUGCGUAAGGUUCUAGGCCGCAGUAGUCUGAAUUUCGAAGAACUGACAACUGUCCUCACGGAGGUAGAAGCCGUAGUCAACUCCCGUCCGGUGACUUUCAUUUCCACCGAUGCAAAAGAACGAGAGGCUCUCACUCCAGCACACUUUCUGGUGGGACACAAAUUGACCAGCCUUCCCUCCCAUCAAAUGCCAGAAGAAGAUCAAGCAAGUCCCGAAAACUUGGCGCGAGGUUGGAAAUAUCGAAACACAGUUAUGAAUCAAUUUUGGAGAAGAUGGAGAUCAGAAUAUUUGCUAGAAGUGAGGUCAGCCCACAUCGCUAAACCCAGCAAUUCAAGCUGUAUACAAACCGGUGACCUGGUCCUUCUCAAGGACAAUAGACUACCGCGACACAUGUGGAAACUCUGCAGAGUCUACGAGACAUUCCCAGGAAGGGACGGCAAGGUGCGGUCUUGCAGAAUAAUUACACCCAGUGGUCGUGAACUUUGCCAGCCGAUACAGUUAUUAUAUCCCCUGGAACUGUAAGAAUGAGCUUGUGCUCAUUUUCGGGGGAGUUUG